AUGCUUCUUAAUUCUUGUAUUAGAACGAUGAGGGCAGACAAAAAAUUCAAUACAAAACAACGUGGACAUUUGACGGACAAUACCUACUUCACAAACCAUGGAAAGCUAGAUGAUAUUGAUUUUGCUGAAGAAGAUGAAAAGAUAAAGGUCUGGGUGCAAAUCUUGUAUUUAUCCCUUCACAAGAUAAUAGCAGAAAUCGGUCUGAAGAUUGAAAAACUAUUUGGCAAAUUACAAGGUAUGGUUUCACCAAAGAAUGGAAGCUCCAAUCGGAAGAUUGUGAAGAUUCUGGUACAUCUAAAGCUUAAUAAACCCAUCCUGAAAGAAACCCAAAUUAGGCUUGGCACAGAAAAUAAAUGGGUUAAACUCAAGUACGAAAACAUCCAAAAAAAAAAAAAAAAAAGAAAAAGAUGCAGGGUUUGGCUAAGAACCAGUAGUGGAUUAUCUAGUGAUGACAGAAAUGAUAGUUCUUCCCCUAGUGAUAGCCAACAUAGUGUUAAUGAUUUCAAAAAAUGCUUACCCAAUACCAGUAUGGAAAAAAACUUCAAAAAAGCUAUUCUAAGUAGCACGAGUUAA